AUGUUUAUGAUGAAUACAAAAACAUGUGAAGUUUGUAAUGGGCCUGGAGAACUGAUUUGCUUUUGCAAGCAGGCCAUUCUGUGUAGUAGCUGUGUAGGAAGGCAUAUCAUUUCAGAUAUAAGCUCAAGUCAUAAGCCAGUCGCGCUGAGUGAAAGCCAAUUGACUUCUUUGAUGGCUGAAAAUUGGCACGAACUCUGUGCGACUGAAGCACAGAUUUUAGCUCAGGCGUCUCAAAAACAAGAGGUUUUAGCAUAUUCUAGUCUAAAUAAAUUAAUAAAAAUCCUAUAUAAAAAUGUGUUUUAAAUAAAUUAAUCUAUAAAAGUUUAUACCAAUUUUUAUAAUAAAUAUAAGCAGAUUUCUAUAUUAUAUGAAAAUUUAUAUAUUAUUGUAGAUAUUUAUAUAUAAAAUCCCGUUUGGAAAAAGAAAUCUCAGCAGUCGACGAAUUUCAAAAUCUUUCCAUUCAAUUUAUUACAGAAAUUGUAAAAGUGAUAGAGCGAGAUCUGCUUUCAGCAGCUGAGGAUAUGACUUUAAAAGUAAUCAACCAAUGUGGGAUUGUGAAAAAACAAAUCGCAGAAGCUUUAGAUAUGAUCAAAAAAGGAGAUUAUCAGUACAAUGAGCUUGCAAAUGCACUGACAAGCUGCUUAACUUGUGAAGAGGUCAAUAAGUUCGAAAUUCUCAAGAAAAGGGUAGACUACAGCCAAACUGAUAUGAAAAAUACCAUAGUAAGCCAGUUUAUUUUUGAAAUUGGCCUUAAAAGUAGCAGCAACUCUAACACCCCAGCUCCAGACCCAAAGCAAGCAAAAUCUCCCAUGAUUGACACAGCUUCACCUAAAAAAAUCCCACAGAUUUCUAUGCCGAAGCAAAAAUCAAGAAUAACCACCCCAAAAGUUGGCUUUCGAGACGUAAAACGGACAAAAACCCAAAAUCCUUUUGAAUUUUCAGACGAUGAAAAUUACGUCGCUUUGACCUCAAGAGAAAGCUCAGAAUAUGAAGCACCCAGGAUGUCAACUGCCCAAACCCAACGCGAAAUAAAAUCAAGAAUGCAGAGAAGUAGCUCAGUUUCCAGGAAAAAAAUUAUUUCUGCUAUGCUUUAUUGCUUUAUCCCUGGUGUGAAAUUUUUGACCACUUUUAAUACCUCUAUUGAAGAAUUUUCAAAAAUUAAUAUAAAAAGCCGAGAUGUCGGGCUUGAUGGGAGUGCUUGGACUAUAACCCCAGAUGGGCUAAUUGUGAUCACAGGAGGUCUGCAGAUAUCUCCAAAACGGUCAACAUGGAUUUUCAAUGUGGUUUCUCAAGACCUUACUAUUGGCCCUGCUAUGAAAAACCCUAGGUUUAAUCAUGCGAUUUUGAAUAUUGGAGAAUUUGUAUACGUUUUUGGCGGUUUUAAUAAUGGGACACUAAAAGAAUGCGAAAGACUGAAUGUCUCACAAAGGACCUGGCAGAAAAUUGCGAAUUUAAAUACUCCUAGAGAAAGCUGUUCAGCUGCGUUUAUUAAAGGAAAUAUUUAUAUAGCAGGAGGUGCAGAUACUAUUGAAGCUUAUAAUAUUGCAGGAAAUAGAUUUUCGCAGUUAAAAAUAAAAAUCCCAGACAGUCUGCGGUGCUUUAUGUUUCCAAUUGACAACCAAUUGAUCAUUUUCCACGGCAAAAAAAUCACAAAAGUUGACCCUUUCAAUCCUCAGAAUAUUGAAGAUAUAAAGGACUUGCCUGAAGAAGACUGGUGGAGCCCUGCAAGCUACGUUUUAAAUGAAAAAUCAGUGUUUUUCAUUAGGAGAUUCUUUAUUCAUAAGUAUGAUGUAGAAGAAAAUCUAUUAUUCCCAGUCCAGUCGUGCACGAAUUAA